AUGCCGGACACUUUUCUCGACCACAAGCCAUUCCUCUCAGACGCAUUCGACGUCCACGCCUACACAAACGCCAUCCUCCAGGGCCGCCAGUACAGACCAGACGACGAGGAGAAUGAUGCUGCGACAGAGAAGGAGAAGGGCGACUCGGACGUUGGCUCGGAGCUUGCCAGGCUCAACUUUGGAAUAGAGGAUGUCACAAAACAGCUCAGACAAGAAAUCACCAGCUCUCACCACCUACUGCUAAACCAUCUCACAACAUCACUAUCACUAUCCUCACAUCUGACACCUAUACGAACAUCCCUCACCUCUCUAUCCACGUCCAUCGACCGCCUCCACUCCAAAAUACACACACCAUAUACCAACCUCUCCACCCUAGUCAAGCGUCAAGAAACACUGCGCCAAGUAUCCGAAGUCUCCAGGCGUGCCAGUCGCUUUGUCAUUCUCGCCCGGCGGCUAGAGCGCCAGCUGGAUCAAAUGAACAAUGUCAAGGAGGAAGAGGGCAAAGAAGAGUCGGACGAGUCGGAGAAGAGGAGGGAGCUCGCCAAGGCUGCGUUGAGCUGCGCAGAGCUGGAUGCGCUGUUGAAAGAGCCGGCGACGGAGGAAGAUGAUGGGGAGGUGCAGAUAUCGUUGAUGGAGAUUGAUUUCGUGCGGGCGUAUGCCCCGUUAGUGGAUCAAGCGAGGGAUACGAUUAUCGAAGAAAUGGAGAGUAUGGUCGUGGCAGGUCUGCAAGAUCUUAACCAAAGCCUUCUCUCUUCGGCUCUCCAAACAGCCCACAACCUCCGCCUUCUCCCCGACCUCGUGUCCAACCUCCUGGCCGAUCUAAACGAUGCAGUCACCCUUCGCGUGACCAAAGCUUUCGACUCGGCUGCUAUCGGUAAAGAAGUAGCUGCCAAGGAGGGUGCUGCUUCUCAGAGCGCUAUCAAGUUUGCGCGUAGUCGUCCUGCUACCGAACCUACGUCUUCGACAGCACCUCAGUGGAUCAACGUUCUAUGGAAGAGGCUUGAGCGGGUGAUCGAGGACGUUGCUAAUUGCUGCGUCAAGGUGUACACUUUGGAAAAGAUCCUGAAGGUCAAGAGGGAUACUGUGACGCAGGUCGAGUUCUUGGAUGAGGUUAUGAAAAGAUUGGAAGAAAAGCCCAGCUUUACAUUCUGGACGACUCUUGCCAAGGCAUUCGAGACACAAUCCAAAGAGUCUUCUCGUUCGACAUGGAUUCAGCUGGCUCUCAGCACAGGCUACCCCCGUCUACUCCGCCUCUUCCACGACUUUUUCGCCAAGAUCGCCGUCCACACCGAUACUGUCUACACCCGCGAACACCAAUCCCCCGAAGCAGUCCUCGUUCUUCGCUCCGUCUCCACCUUUGAAACGCUCUACCUCUCGCGCUCGACGGAGCGCAUGAACAAUGCGGUGACUACGGGGGUCGGGCAGUACUUGUCGGGCAGGGGACAUCCGCCAGGACCAGGGGAGGGAGUGAACAUUGCGAGAACGAUGACGAAUGAGCUGGAUUCGGCGAGGUUCGAUCCGUUGUUGGUGCGGACUGUAGCCAGAAACGCUUCGAAAGUGUUGGAUGGGUUCGUCAAGAAGAUUGAUGGGAUGUUGGUGAAAGACUUUACAGCAAACAGCAUGAUAGGGCCCAAUGCUACUCCUUCCCAGCAGAUCAAUGCUCAGCUCGUGGGCUGUCUGUAUCAUUGCUGGCUCAAUUUUGUCUAUGUCAAGCAAGACUACAUUGGCAAGGUCUGGGAUAUCCUCACCCCUUCAGUCAACUCUGUCGAAACCACCUUCAAACGCAUCACCGACGCUCUCGACGCCGCUCUGCGCAAAGAAAUCACCUCCAUCCUCUCCCGCAUCCACCGCGUCGACUUUGCCAAGCCCGUCGAUCCCAUGUCCAUGGGCAUGGACACUGGCGGCGGAAGCCCCUACAUGCAAGACCUCGUCGACAAACUCUCCUUUGCCAAGCGCGAGAUCCUCAGCCGUAUGGGCUUGGGCGAGUACAUGAAGGAGUGGGUGCUGGAAUUGAGCAAGUUUAUCAUUAGGACAUUCUUGUUGCAUGGGAGUAUCGCGAGGCCGAUGGGAGAGAGCGGGGCGUUGAAAUUGACGGGGGAUAUGACAGAGCUGGAGAUGAGUGUUACCAAUCUGUUGAAUACAGGCAGGGUGCAGGGCUCGAGGGGCGGAGCAAGAGUUGAGAGCGUUGGAGAAGAGUAUCAGGCUCUGCGGUCUUUCCGAACAAUAUUGUUUGCAGACCUAGAUACGCUGGCCGACCCUGUCGAGACUGUCCACAUCCCACCUCUCAUCGUCCUCCACCACAUCAUCGUCCGCUCCCCUCUCCGCCUACCGCACGAAGUACACGGCUGGUCAGAAGCCGAAUAUAUCCUCUGGGUAGGCAAGCACGAUGAUGAGAAGCCGCAGCUGGAGCUGGUGGAAAAGGCGGUGGACGCGCAGAUAGAAAGCGGCGGACAGGAUGGGGAGGAAGAGGGGGUGUACGUCAAGUUGAUCCGGGAGGUGUUGGUGCAUGCCAGACACGAGGACGAGACAUAG